AUGAAUGUGAACAAAUCACUCGUUUCUCACAGCACCACAGGCAAAAAAUGUCACAGUGAGACAAGAUGUGCACUGUGUGGGGAGAGAUUUCAGUUUUUAUUCUUUGGCAGGCUUUUUGAUAAUGGGACAUGUGUGAUCCGCUGUGAUCCUGGGAAGUAUGAAAGGGAUGGACAGUGUCAUCUUUGCCACCACACAUGCCUCGAAUGUACUGACGGGGCGCCUGACAAAUGUACUCGCUGUAGCAAAGAUAGGUUUGGAGUGGAACGGUACCUCUUUGAAGGGGAGUGUCGUGAAAGCUGUCCAAAGGGCUAUUCCCAUUCCUCGAAGGGAACAUGUGACCCCUGCCCUCCAAAUUGCACUGUGUGUACUUCAUCAGGUCACUGUCUCCACUGCACCCCGUCCUACUACCCCAAAGACGGGACGUGUGCCAAACUGGAGUGUGGAGUGGGUGAAGUAGUCGACCUUGAUCGUGAAGACUGUGUACCCUGUGAGGAGGGCUGUCAGCAUUGCCUUACCGUGAAUCCAGAGCAUUGCAUGGCUUGUUCACCGGACUAUUAUCAGUUGAAAUUGAGCUGUCACAAGAUCUGCCCUGAGAGGACGUUUGAGGACAAGUUGUCAAUGAGGUGUGCUCGAUGUGAUGAUCACUGCGAGUCCUGCGAUGCCUCUGAAUGUUACCUGUGUGAGGAAGGCUUCUUCCUGUCAGAUGGCACAUGUGUAAAAACCUGUAAGGAGGGUUUCUAUGGUGACAUGAAGCAGGAGUGUGAGCCGUGUCACCACACGUGCCGAUCAUGUGGUGGUCCGGACAAUAACGACUGUGAUUCCUGUGAAGAUGACAUGUUUCUAGACAAGGGUCAGUGCAUCCACAAGAGCAAGAUGAAGUGCCCUGACGGAAAAUUCCUAAACGACACUGGAAAUCUUUUACAAUAA